GCAGGCAGGGCAGAAUAGUACGAUUCGGUAUUGCCGUUGACAUUUAAAAAACCAUCUCUUUCAAAUCUUCAUUAUCCACUUACCUCAGCUAGCUCAACUUCUUCCUUGUUGAAUCCCCAAAUUGAAUCAGUCCGAAGCAAUGAACUGCGUCUACAAAGACCCUUUAGCCCCAAUCGAGGCAAGAAUCAAGGACCUCCUUUCUCAGAUGACUCUCCCCGAGAAAAUCGCCCAAAUGACUCAGAUUGAGCGCUCCGUCGCCACCCCUUCCGCCAUUAAAGACCUUUCCAUAGGUAGCAUACUGAGUGCUGGUGGGAGUGGGCCUUUUGAGAAUGCCAAGACGUCAGAUUGGGCGGCCAUGGCAGACACUUUUCAGAAGGCUGCGCUGCAGUCGCGGCUUGGGAUCCCGUUGCUGUAUGGGAUUGACGCCGUUCAUGGCAACAACAAUGUCUAUGGGGCCACCAUUUUCCCUCAUAACAUUGGCCUUGGAGCCACCAGGGAUGCUGACUUGGUCCGGAGGAUUGGUGCUGCAACAGCUCUUGAAGUUAGGGCUUCCGGAAUUCACUACACUUUCGCCCCGUGUGUUGCUGUUUGUAGAGAUCCUAGAUGGGGAAGAGCCUACGAGAGUUUCGGAGAAGAUCCUCAGAUUGUUAAGAUGAUGACCUCGAUGGUCACGGGCUUUCAAGGACAACCACCCCAAGGACACCUGAGCGGUUAUCCCUUCGUUGCUGGCAGAGAAAAUGUUGUUGCAUGUGCAAAGCAUUUUGUAGGAGACGGUGGCACCAGGAACGGAGUUAACGAGGGCGAUACAGUAUCAUCAUACGACGAGCUAGAGAGAACUCACAUGGCUCCUUACCUUGAUUGCAUUGCUCAAGGAGUAUGCACUAUCAUGGCAUCCUACUCGAGCUGGAACGGGACCAAACUACACAGUAGUCGUUUCCUUCUUACCGAAAUCUUGAAAGAAAAGCUCGGAUUUAAGGGGUUUAUCAUUUCCGACUCCGAAGCUCUCGACAGGCUGUCCAGUCCUCAUGGAUCCAACUAUCAGCAGAGCGUUCUUUCGGCCAUCACUGCGGGAAUCGAUAUGGUGAUGGUGCCCUUGCGGUAUCAAUUAUUUCUGGCGGAUUUGCUGCAUUUGGUGGAGUCUGGGAAAAUACCAAUCACAAGAAUCGAUGAUGCAGUCGUAAGAAUUCUCAGAGUGAAGUUUGCGGCUGGCCUCUUCGAACACCCCCUGAGUGAUUCAUCGCUUUUGGGUAGAGUAAGAUGUGAGCAACACAAGCAACUAGCACGUGAAGCAGUCCGCAAAUCCUUAGUUCUGUUAAAGAACGGUCCAGACUCAACGAAGCCGUUUCUUCCACUGGAUCGGAACGCCAAGAGAAUUCUUGUUGUUGGGAAGCAUGCUGACGAUCUGGGAUAUCAAUGUGGCGGGUGGACAGCGACUUGGGAGGGAAAGAGCGGCAGAAUAACCACUGGCACUACAAUUUUGGAAGCUAUAAGAGAAGUUGUUGGGGCCAAAACAGAGGUCAUAUAUGAAGAAAAUCCAUCUGAAUCCAUAAACAGGAGAGAUUAUUCCUUCGCUAUCGUUGUCGUGGGCGAGGCCCCGUACGUGGAAUCGGGUGGUGACAGUUUGGACCUCAAGAUUCACUUCAACGGAGCCGAGCUAGCCAGUUCCGUCGCUGAUCAAGUCCCCACGUUGGUGAUCUUGAUAUCCGGUAGGCCUCUCGCUAUAGACCCGCAGCUCUUGAACAAAGCGCACGCCCUUGUGGCCGCGUGGCUGCCCGGCAGCGAAGGGACCGGAGUCGUGGACGUCAUCUUCGGGGAUCACGGCUUCCAAGGAAGGCUCCCGAUGACCUGGUUUAAGGACGUCGCGCAGCUCCCCAUGCAAGCGGAGAGCAACUCUUACGACCCUUUGUUCCCGGUCGGGUAUGGCUUGACGACGAGCGGGAGCAAUGAUGCGCCCGCUCGAGCGCUUUAAUUUCGAUUUUUACUUAAUGGGACAAUUGAGAAAAAUUGAAACUCAAUCGAUUAAACUUUUGUUCUCAAA